AUGGUUGAAAGCAUGUCGUAUGACAUUUAUUUCAGAAUAAGAAUUGUCAUUUUCAGUCCCUUUUUGAAAGUUACUAAGAAUGGGGGUGGGGUCACCUGGAAUUGCUGUCUUGUGGGCUGGAGAGCCUUCCAGUCCAACUGCUGUUUUAAUGACAGCAAGACGUGGGCUCAGAGUGAAAGACACUGUAUGGGGACAGGGGCUCAUCUGGCCACCAUCAGCACAGAAGCUGAGCAGAACGUUAUCACUCAAUUUUUGGAGCGAUUUUCAUAUUUCCUGGGACUUACAGAUGAGAACCUUGAAGGCCAGUGGCAUUGGGUGGACAAGACACCAUUGAACCCACAGAUGGUAUUCUGGCACGAGAGUGAACCCAACAACUACCAGAAAGAAAAAUGUGUUGUCUUUGUUAAUGACAAAGACAAAUGGGCCUGGAAUGAUUUUCCUUGUGACUUUAAGACAAGUAGCAUUUGUAAGAUACCUGGAGCAGCAUUCAACAAGAAGCCUAGGAAGGGGUCCCUGUUAUGAGGACAGAAAAGAAGAACCAAUUAGACUAGGGAAGAAUGUACAUGCAUCGUGGGAACAGAGAAAACAUUCUCAGUCAUAGAACAUUUUCAGUCAUGAUGGCCUUCGUUAUUCUUGUUUAAUUCAUUCAAGAUAAUGUGCUUUUGUAUAGUGUUUUGGUGGAAAAAAUCAUAUUUUUCUGUGAGAAUCAAUUUUCAUUAACUUUGCUUUCUUGAUAGUAUUUCAAGGUAUUUACUUUUCAGUUAGUGUGUAUUGAUUAACGUAUCUAAGAGUAGCUUGAAUGGUGAAAUCUAUAAGUCAUUGUUUCCUCUGCUCCAAUUCUUAGCUCUUAAAGUUCAAAGGUGGGAUAUUCCUACUGGUAGUGGUGUAUCAUUGUUUUUAACCCAAAUAUCACAAACUCUUUAAAGUUUUUAAGCAACAUUUUUAUUGUCUGAUGCUUCAUUUUCAGACUUCUUAAUAGUAUGCCAUUAGAUUGAAAUUCCGUGAGCAAAAUAUUUUCUGAAUAACAGAAUAGAAUAGUUAGAAUUAUGGUAUUGCCCAGGUAGAAAAAAAAGUCUAUUUACCUUUUCAAAAAUUUACUUCUUACUCCACUUUAAAAGUCUUCCCAUAGUGGGGAGUCUCAAGCUGACUUAAUUUCUUUUUGAGUGGAAAAGUCCCUUACAGGCCACCUUUACCAAACUCCUUUAAUUCUAUAGCUGUGGACACAAAACCCUUGGGAAGCCAAAGAGCUCACCUUCACAUGUCUAGUGUAUGACAGAAACAGGACUAUGGCCCAGAUCUACCUUUCAUAGCAAGUGAAAUGUGUUCCCUUUGGUAUUAUGGGAGAGUUACUGGAGGUGCUGUGGCCUCUUGGCUAAAAGGUAAUAGUUCUUAAUUAUUCUUGCAACAUUGUAUUAGUGUUUCUGUGUUUUUAAUUUGAAUCAGAAAAACAUUAUAUUUUCAAUCCAUUUAUGUAAAUUGUUAGCAAGCUUCUUUAGAGCUAUAAAGCUGCAAUUCAAACUAGCAAGGAAAUCAUGGCUUUAACAACCUGAAGUUAUGCGUUUGCGAUGUGUGUAGUUUUAAUUGUGAAGCAGUCACGUCCAACGUCAACAAAAUAAGGCUGUCUUCUUACAUACAUUCAUUUUGCUGACGUUUCCUGCAUCCAAGCUAAAAAAUUUCAAGCGACAGCUUUUUAACCUAACUUCCUUACCACUAUUUUUAAAAACAGUAUUUAUUCUGUAAAUUAGUGAUCUUGUAAGUUUGGAAUAUUAGUGUUUGAUUGAUUGAUUGAUUAUGUGUGUGUCUGUGUUUAAACCUGAUACUUUUAACUGAAAUAGCACCAAGUGACUUUAACUGUUAGCCAUAAAUUACAUAGCACAAAUCUACAAAACCUGUUGAAAUAAAUUUAUGUAAAUGAUAAUAGGCUUGUAUAGUUAAUAUUAUCCAUUUUUCAUUUGUAUAAGACUGUAUUUAAAGAUUCAGUUGUCAAUAAAAUAUGACCUGUUUGUGAUUUUAUA